GCAGCAGUUAGCUCAGGCCUAAUCUUCCUCAAAAAAAACAAAAAGUCACUGCAAGCACUCAUCCCCCUCCCACAGUGUGCCCUGCAUGUGUCACUGCCCAAGAUGGAGCCAGGGCCCCUUAAACUCUGUCCCUUGGCCCCACAGGGCUUGUUAACACCUCUGCUCCCACACUUGACACUUACCUGUCCCAUGGCUGUCCUGACCAGGCCUCCCAAUCGCACAAAGAAUUGGACUCGUGUGUCACUGGGCAGGCGGGACAGAGGCCCCAGGGGACCACUCCUCUCAGGACAAGGGUGGAGACUUUAGCAGUGUCGUUGCUCCCUCCUGGGGUGAGGAGGGUCUCCAAGGAGGGCCUCAGUCCAAACUAGAGGAGAAGGGGUAGUGACAGGCCGCAACCCCAUACAGGCUGGGGGGGCAGGCAGGCAGGUGGGUUGGCAGUCCCUCCUGGCUUUCUAACUUGGUGGCCACUAAACCUGACCUAGCCUUCACAGAACAGAUACUUAAUAAAUGUGUUGCUUUGAUCUAAACUCACCUAAAUCUAGAAAACGACUGACUCAUCAUUUAUAACAAACAAUCGAGGAUAAGGGCAGCAUCUUCCAUUUCUUUUGUUUCAUCGUGAAGCUCUCUGUCUAGGGGCCAGCACACAGUGGGUGUUUAUUAACGUGCCCUCGUCACAGGGCUGCUGUCCUGCUUCCCCUUGAGUAGCCUCACAUCUGGGCUUGGUCUGGGAGGUUGGAAGGGGGCGGGUCUUACUCUCAGCGGGAACUGUUGACACCCAAUUCUAUUUAGAAUUAACAACCAUAGGAUGCCCACCUAGCCACCCUCCUGAAGAUUUGGUCUGGAAAAAAACAAAGAAGAAAGUAGGAUGGGAAUGGGGGAAAGCUUCCAUGUAUGCCGCUCUUCUUCUCGUGAGGCUUUGUUUUUCCAAUCCUUAUUUAGAAGCAACCACAUUUGUUCGACACCCCUCGCCCUCCCUUUCUUUGCAGGCCGCCACCAAUCCCCCUAACCCCCCACCCAGGCCAGCAGCUGGUCUUUCCUAAUUGGUAAUAUAUCUUAAUAACAACAGGGCCUGAAGCAGCUGUUGCUGUGAAGAGUGGCUGGCCACAUGGCUUCCGUCAUUAAUUUACUUUGUUGGUCCUACUGGUGCUUAAGAAAGGAUUAAGUUAAUGACACUGAUGAGACAGAAAGUUACACAAUGAAAGGAGAAAAAGAAGAGGAGGAGGAGAAUUAUUAUUAUCGUUGUUGUUGUUGUUGUUCCUGGCACAAGUUUGACAGUCACAUAACCCUAUGACACCUCUGUGUUGUGACAAAAGCCUUGCUCAAAAUUCCAAGAGGAUUUGAACUUUUUCUUCCUUGGUCUCCUUCAUUUCCCCAUAUGAUGAGAUUUCUAAGCAAAUCGCUGAAGGCGCUCUGUCCCCGAGGCCGGGACUCAGACUGCCUUCGAGCGCGGUUGCUGCUGCAGAAGGGAGUUGCGCAGGCCCUCCACACGAGACUGUCCAUCGCGUGGAGGGAGCAAGCUGGCCCCCCGUUCAGAGAAAGGCAUCUCAAACUCCCAGCUUUCUACAGCUGUGAAAUGGCUCUGGAUUCUGCCCAUUUCUAUAUAUACCCUACCCCUGGCAACGGCAGAAAAACGUGAGGAAGGAGCUGGUCCUCAGCUUGUGGUGUCGGUCAUUCUCUUUCCAAAUAUAGAGAAGGAAUGAGCCGCGGGGGUGAGCAGGGCCUAUAAAAGCCCGGGGCAGCGGCCCCUCUGCAGCUCCUCUCUGGUGGGCGGAGGUAAGUCACAGCGCCCCUCUCGCUGGCUCCUCUCUCCAUCUCUGCAGCUCAGAGCACGCCUCCCAGGUGCAGCCAGGUGCUGUGUGCCUGGCCCUGCCUGGCUCUGGUCAGGAUUAGUAAGAUGUGGGGCCAGAUCUCCCUAGGCCCAAAUGCCCACCCUCCCUCUGCCUCCAGUUCCCCACCGAAGCAGGGGGCCUUCAGGCCUUCCUUCCUCCUCCCCACUGUCCCCUUGACCUCGUCUUCAAGCACCCUCUUGGACAGGAUCUUCUGGACACACUGUGGACCUCGGCCUGUCCACCAGGGCCUGACGGUCUCCCAUUGCCUCACUGAUCCGUGCAGAGGGCCAAGGGGACUCGGUGCCAUCCUCUGCCCUCACCGUCCCUCCCUGGGCUGUAUGCCCUUCAGGUAUCCUGUCGUCUCAAGGCCACGAUUGCUGUGGCUAGUAGGUGUCAAUUAGCCAAUCUCAGAGACUUCUCCCUGUUCACAGAAGACAAGGAGACCUGAGCUGGCCUGGAACCACAGCUUUUAGAACAGGGACUCUGUCCUUUUUGCCCCAUUCUGAAUGGGAGGCAUUGCAGACUGAAGAAGGUCUGAUUUUCCACGGCUGCUGUUGUCUUCUGCUGUCCCCCUGUGGGUGUGACUCUCAGCUGACAACCAUGAGUAGCGACUCGGAAAUGGAAGUGUUCGGCAUAGCCGCUCCCUUCCUCCGGAAGUCAGAAAAGGAGAGGAUCGAGGCUCAGAACCAGCCCUUUGAUGCCAAAACCUACUGCUUUGUGGUCGACUCAAAAGAAGACUAUGCCAAGGCAAAAAUUAAGAGUACCCAGGAUGGGAAGGUCACGGUGGAAACCGAAGACAACCGGACCCUGGUGGUUAAACCAGAGGAUGUGUAUGCGAUGAACCCCCCCAAGUUCGACCGGAUUGAGGACAUGGCCAUGCUGACGCACCUGAACGAGCCAGCCGUGCUCUACAACCUUAAGGACCGCUACACCUCCUGGAUGAUCUAUACCUACUCGGGCCUCUUCUGUGUCACCGUCAACCCCUACAAGUGGCUGCCGGUGUAUAACCCUGAGGUGGUGGACGGCUACCGAGGCAAAAAGCGCCAGGAGGCCCCGCCCCACAUCUUCUCCAUCUCUGACAACGCCUAUCAGUUCAUGCUGACUGAUCGUGAAAACCAGUCCAUUCUGAUCACCGGAGAAUCCGGGGCAGGAAAGACUGUGAACACCAAAAGGGUCAUCCAGUACUUUGCAACAAUUGCAGCUACUGGAGACCUCGCCAAGAAGAAGGACUCCAAAAUGAAGGGGACUCUGGAAGACCAGAUCAUCAGUGCCAACCCGUUGCUGGAGGCCUUCGGGAAUGCCAAGACCGUGAGGAAUGACAACUCCUCCCGCUUUGGCAAGUUCAUCCGCAUCCAUUUUGGUACCACUGGGAAACUGGCCUCUGCAGAUAUUGAAACUUAUCUGCUGGAAAAAUCCAGAGUGACCUUUCAGCUGAAGGCUGAAAGAAGCUACCACAUCUUCUACCAGAUUCUUUCAAACAAGAAGCCUGAGCUCAUAGAGUUGCUGCUUAUUACAACCAACCCUUAUGACUACCCAUUCAUCAGCCAGGGGGAAAUCCUGGUGGCCAGUAUUGACGACGCCGAGGAGCUGUUGGCUACAGAUAGUGCCAUUGACAUCCUGGGCUUCACCCCAGAGGAGAAAUCUGGACUCUACAAGCUCACGGGCGCUGUGAUGCACUAUGGGAACAUGAAGUUCAAGCAGAAGCAGCGAGAGGAGCAGGCGGAACCAGAUGGCACAGAAGUGGCUGACAAGACAGCCUAUCUGAUGGGCCUGAACUCUUCGGACCUCCUGAAAGCUUUGUGCUUCCCCAGAGUGAAAGUCGGGAAUGAGUAUGUUACCAAAGGUCAGACUGUGGAUCAGGUUCACCAUGCUGUGAAUGCCCUUUCCAAAUCAGUUUAUGAAAAGUUGUUCCUGUGGAUGGUCACGCGCAUCAACCAGCAACUGGAUACGAAGUUACCGAGACAACACUUCAUUGGUGUUUUGGACAUUGCGGGCUUUGAGAUCUUUGAGUAUAACAGCCUGGAGCAGCUGUGCAUCAACUUCACCAACGAGAAACUGCAACAGUUUUUCAACCACCACAUGUUCGUGCUGGAGCAGGAGGAGUACAAGAAGGAGGGCAUCGAGUGGACGUUCAUCGACUUCGGCAUGGACCUGGCUGCCUGCAUUGAGCUCAUCGAGAAGCCGAUGGGCAUCUUCUCCAUCCUGGAAGAGGAGUGCAUGUUCCCCAAGGCCACAGACACCUCCUUCAAGAACAAGCUGUAUGACCAGCACCUGGGCAAGUCCAGCAAUUUCCAGAAGCCCAAGGUGGUCAAGGGCAGGGCCGAGGCCCACUUCUCGCUGAUCCACUAUGCGGGCACCGUGGACUACAGCGUCUCAGGCUGGCUGGAGAAGAACAAGGACCCCCUGAAUGAGACGGUGGUAGGGCUGUACCAGAAGUCCUCCAACAGGCUCCUGGCGCAUCUUUACGCCACCUUUGCGACAGCGGACGCUGACAGUGGAAAGAAGAAAGUUGCCAAGAAGAAGGGUUCUUCCUUCCAAACUGUCUCUGCCCUUUUCAGGGAAAAUCUGAACAAGCUGAUGUCAAAUUUAAGAACUACUCACCCUCACUUUGUGCGCUGUAUAAUUCCCAACGAAACAAAAACCCCAGGGGCUAUGGAACAUAGCCUUGUCCUGCACCAGCUGCGGUGUAACGGUGUCCUGGAAGGCAUCCGCAUCUGCAGGAAGGGAUUCCCAAAUAGGAUUCUCUACGGGGAUUUUAAACAAAGAUAUCGAGUGCUGAAUGCUAGCGCAAUCCCCGAGGGACAAUUCAUUGACAGCAAGAAAGCUUGUGAAAAGCUGUUGGCAUCCAUCGAUAUUGACCACACUCAGUACAAAUUUGGACAUACCAAGGUGUUCUUCAAGGCUGGCUUGCUGGGAACCCUAGAAGAAAUGCGGGAUGACCGCCUGGCCAAACUGAUCACCCGGACACAAGCUGUGUGCAGAGGGUUUCUCAUGCGCAUGGAAUUCCAGAAGAUGGUGCAGAGAAGGGAGUCCAUCUUCUGCAUCCAAUAUAACAUUCGCUCAUUCAUGAACGUCAAGCACUGGCCCUGGAUGAAACUCUUCUUCAAGAUCAAGCCCCUGCUCAAGAGUGCAGAGACUGAGAAGGAGAUGGCCACCAUGAAGGAGGAGUUUCAGAAAACCAAAGACGAACUCGCCAAGUCAGAGGCAAAAAGGAAGGAACUGGAGGAAAAAUUGGUGACUCUAGUUCAAGAGAAGAAUGACCUGCAACUCCAAGUACAAGCUGAAAGUGAAAACUUGUUGGAUGCCGAGGAAAGAUGCGAUCAGUUGAUAAAAGCCAAAUUCCAGCUGGAGGCCAAAAUCAAGGAGGUGACUGAGAGAGCUGAGGAUGAGGAAGAGAUCAACGCUGAGCUGACGGCCAAGAAGAGGAAACUGGAGGACGAAUGUUCAGAGCUCAAGAAGGACAUUGAUGACCUUGAGCUGACACUGGCCAAGGUUGAAAAGGAGAAACAUGCCACAGAGAACAAGGUUAAAAACCUUACUGAGGAACUCGCCGGAUUGGAUGAAACAAUUGCAAAGUUAACCAGGGAAAAGAAGGCCCUCCAAGAGGCCCACCAGCAGACCCUAGAUGACCUCCAAGCUGAAGAAGACAAAGUCAAUUCUUUGAGCAAAAUCAAGAGCAAACUGGAACAGCAAGUUGAUGAUCUGGAGAGCUCCCUGGAGCAAGAAAAGAAGCUCCGUGUAGAGCUGGAAAGGAACAAAAGGAAGCUUGAGGGAGACCUGAAGCUUGCCCAGGAGUCCAUAUUAGACCUGGAGAAUGACAAGCAACAGCUGGAUGAAAGGCUCAAGAAGAAGGAUUUUGAACACAGUCAACUGCAAAGCAAAGUGGAAGAUGAGCAGACUCUGGGCCUCCAGUUUCAGAAGAAAAUCAAAGAGCUACAGGCUCGCAUUGAAGAGCUGGAAGAAGAGAUUGAGGCAGAGAGGGCGACCCGCGCCAAGACAGAGAAGCAGCGCAGUGACUAUGCCCGCGAGCUGGAGGAGCUGAGCGAGAGGCUGGAGGAGGCGGGAGGCGUCACCUCCACGCAGAUAGAACUGAACAAGAAGCGGGAGGCCGAGUUCCUGAAACUGCGCAGGGACCUGGAGGAGGCCACGCUGCAGCAUGAAGCCACGGUGGCCGCUCUGCGGAAGAAGCACGCGGACAGCACAGCUGAGCUCGGGGAGCAGAUAGACAACCUGCAGAGGGUCAAGCAGAAGCUGGAGAAAGAGAAGAGCGAGUUCAAGCUGGAGAUCGACGACCUCUCCAGCAACGUGGAGAGUGUGUCGAAAUCUAAGGCAAAUCUGGAAAAAAUAUGCCGCACUCUGGAGGAUCAGUUAAGUGAGGCCAGGGGCAAGAACGAGGAAAUUCAGAGGAGCAUGAGUGAGCUGACCACACAGAAGUCUCGUCUGCAGACCGAGGCUGGCGAGCUGAGUCGUCAACUGGAAGAAAAGGAAAGCAUCGUAUCCCAACUUUCCAGGAGCAAGCAAGCAUUUACCCAACAAAUAGAAGAGCUCAAAAGGCAGUUGGAGGAAGAGAGCAAGGCCAAGAAUGCACUGGCCCACGCCCUGCAGUCUUCCCGCCAUGACUGUGACCUCCUGCGGGAACAGUACGAGGAGGAGCAGGAAGGCAAGGCCGAGCUGCAGAGGGCGCUGUCCAAGGCCAACAGCGAGGUUGCCCAGUGGAGGACCAAGUACGAGACGGACGCCAUCCAGCGCACGGAGGAGCUGGAGGAGGCCAAGAAAAAACUUGCUCAGCGCCUUCAAGAUUCUGAGGAACAGGUUGAGGCAGUGAAUGCUAAAUGUGCCUCCUUGGAGAAGACCAAGCAGAGGCUGCAAGGGGAGGUCGAGGAUCUGAUGGUUGAUGUUGAAAGAGCCAACUCCCUGGCUGCUGCUCUGGACAAGAAACAGAGGAACUUUGACAAGGUGCUCGCCGAAUGGAAGACAAAGUGUGAGGAGAGCCAGGCAGAGCUGGAGGCAUCUCUGAAGGAAUCCCGCUCCUUGAGCACCGAGCUCUUCAAACUGAAAAAUGCCUACGAAGAGGCCUUAGAUCAACUUGAAACCGUGAAACGAGAAAAUAAGAAUUUAGAGCAGGAGAUAGCCGAUCUCACAGAACAAAUUGCUGAAAAUGGUAAAACCAUCCAUGAACUGGAGAAAUCAAGAAAGCAGAUCGAGCUGGAAAAGGCUGACAUCCAGCUGGCUCUUGAGGAAGCAGAGGCUGCCCUUGAGCAUGAAGAGGCCAAGAUCCUCAGAAUCCAGCUUGAACUGACACAAGUGAAAUCAGAAAUCGAUAGAAAGAUGGUGGAGAAAGAUGAAGAGAUCGAGCAGCUGAAGAGGAACUACCAGAGGACAGUGGAAACGAUGCAGAGCGCCCUGGACGCAGAAGUGCGGAGCAGGAACGAGGCCAUCAGGAUCAAGAAGAAGAUGGAGGGGGAUCUGAAUGAAAUCGAGAUCCAGCUGAGCCACGCCAACCGCCAGGCUGCAGAGACCCUCAAGCACCUCCGGAGUGUCCAGGGACAGCUGAAGGACACCCAGCUGCACCUGGAUGACGCUCUCCGGGGCCAGGAGGACCUGAAGGAGCAGCUGGCCAUCGUGGAGCGCAGAGCCAACCUGCUGCAGGCCGAGGUGGAGGAGCUGCGGGCCUCUCUGGAGCAGACCGAGAGAGCCCGGAAACUGGCCGAGCAGGAGCUCCUGGAUUCCAACGAGAGGGUGCAGCUGCUGCACACCCAGAACACCAGCCUCAUCCACACCAAGAAGAAGCUAGAGACAGACGUCACGCAGCUCCAGAGCGAGGUAGAAGACGCCAGCAGGGAUGCAAGGAAUGCUGAAGAGAAAGCAAAGAAGGCCAUCACGGACGCGGCCAUGAUGGCUGAGGAGCUGAAGAAGGAGCAGGACACCAGCGCCCACCUGGAGCGGAUGAAGAAGAACCUGGAGCAGACGGUGAAGGACCUGCAGCACCGUCUGGAUGAGGCCGAGCAGCUGGCCCUGAAGGGUGGGAAGAAGCAGAUCCAGAAACUGGAGACCCGGAUCCGAGAGCUGGAGUUUGAGCUGGAAGGGGAACAGAAGAAGAACACUGAGUCUGUCAAGGGCCUGAGGAAAUAUGAGCGGCGGGUCAAGGAGUUAACUUACCAGAGUGAAGAGGACAGGAAGAACGUGCUGAGACUACAGGACCUGGUGGACAAACUGCAAGUGAAGGUCAAGUCCUACAAGAGGCAGGCCGAGGAAGCUGACGAACAAGCCAACGCUCAUCUCACCAAAUUCCGAAAAGCUCAACAUGAGCUGGAGGAGGCAGAAGAACGUGCCGAUAUUGCAGAAUCUCAAGUCAAUAAGCUUCGUGCUAAGACCCGAGACUUCACCUCCAGCAGGAUGGUGGUCCAUGAGAGCGAAGAGUGAGCGAUGCUCUUGAGCAGGACAGAAGAUAUGCACAAUGUAUAUUUUCAUGGUUCCUGACCAUUAUACUUUAUUUCCAUGUGACCGCUUUUCACAUGCAAUAAACUUGGUUUUCAACUUG